ACCACACCUCGCAAGUUGGAGAUUUUGCAGAUAGGUCCCUGGUGGUGAGGGGUAGUUUUGCGCGGAGGGGCUCGGGGUUUGCGAGGUUUUACAAACAGGUCCCUGUGUCGCGUCUGCCUCUCGGCGCCGGGGGGCAGGUGAGGGUGAGAUGGCGUCGGAGCUGACAUACCGCGGCGGCGGCGGCGCGGCGCAGGGCGGGGAGGCGGCGGCGGGGGGUUACUCGCCGAAGCCAUCGAAGCCGCUCGCAUGGCUGCCCCGCGCCGCGCGGUACGCGGCCGGGGAGCACCGCCCGCUCUUCGCCCUCGCCGGGAUGCUCGUCGCCGCCGCCGUCUUCUCCCUCGCCGGCUCCGGCUCCGGCUCCGGUUCUUCCUCCGGCGCCGCCGCGGGGGGUUCGUCCGCGUACUCCGCGCAGGUGUCCAACCCGCUGGCGCGGUUCUCGGUGGAGCCGGGCGUGCACCACCACCACCGGGAGGCGCAGCAGUUCGUCGGCGGGAAGGUGCCGCUGGGGCUGAAGCGGAAGGGGCUCCGGGUGCUGGUGACCGGGGGAGCCGGGUUCGUGGGGAGCCACCUGGUGGACCGGCUGGUGGAGCGCGGCGACAGCGUGAUCGUGGUGGACAACCUCUUCACGGGGCGGAAGGAGAACGUGGUGCACCACUUCGGCAACCCCAACUUCGAGAUGAUCCGCCACGACGUCGUCGAGCCCAUCCUCCUCGAGGUCGACCAGAUCUACCACCUCGCCUGCCCCGCCUCCCCCGUCCACUACAAGUACAACCCCGUCAAGACGAUCAAGACCAACGUGGUUGGGACGCUGAACAUGCUUGGAUUGGCGAAGAGGAUCAAUGCCAGGUUCCUCCUCACCAGCACCAGCGAGGUCUAUGGUGAUCCCCUCCAGCAUCCUCAGGUGGAGACUUACUGGGGCAAUGUCAAUCCCAUUGGUGUGAGGAGUUGUUAUGAUGAAGGCAAGCGCACAGCUGAAACUUUGACCAUGGACUAUCACCGUGGUGCCAACCUUGAGGUCAGGAUUGCUCGGAUCUUCAACACAUAUGGCCCUCGCAUGUGCAUCGAUGAUGGACGUGUUGUCAGCAACUUUGUUGCUCAGGCUUUGAGGAAGGAGCCUUUGACAGUGUACGGUGAUGGAAAGCAGACCAGGAGCUUCCAAUAUGUGUCUGACCUGGUUGAGGGGUUGAUGAGGCUGAUGGAAGGUGAGCACGUAGGGCCAUUCAACCUUGGUAACCCUGGUGAGUUCACCAUGCUGGAGCUGGCCAAGGUUGUCCAGGACACCAUCGACCCGAACGCAAAGAUCGAAUUCCGUGCCAACACUCAGGAUGACCCGCACAAGCGCAAGCCCGACAUCAGCCGUGCCAAGGAGCUCCUUGGGUGGGAGCCAAAGAUCCCCCUCCACAAGGGCCUUCCCCUCAUGGUCACCGACUUCCGCAAGCGCAUUUUCGGCGACCAAGAUAGCGCCGCCACUACCACCGGAGGCCAACAAGGGUAGAAGGAGGAGGAAGACGACUCUUGGAAAUUUUGGUGGCCUGCUUCUCUAGCUGCUUGGUUAAGUUCAUUACUGACAAAGGCAUGGCCUCUCAUAGUUAGUUCCGUUGGAACCGUUUGUUACUAAAGAUACCUUGGUUGCUGCUGCUGCUGCCUGUGUUGUCAUUCUUUUUUUCCUUGUAAUUUUUCUCUGCCUCCUCUCAGUCUCAUCUAUACGAAAUUUCAGUUGGAGAUAAAGUUGUGGAUCUUCUGAUUCUUUGUUGA